AUGAGGUCUGAUACAUAUACUAGUAGCAGAGGAAGAACUUCAUUUGUGUUAAUUGGGUGUGAAAGGAGCGGUAAGUACAAGUGUAGGAAGAAAGAAUUUGUUAGAAGAGACACAAGCACUAGAAAAUGUGGUUGUCCCUUUAAGAUUCAUGGAAAACCAGUGCAUGGAGGUGAAGGUUGGACGGUGAAGCUGAUAUGUGGGAUUCACAACCAUGAAUUGGCGAAGACCUUAGUUGGACAUCCAUAUGCUGGGAGAUUGACAGAUGAUGAGAAGAAUAUCAUUGCUGAUAUGACGAAGUCGAAUGUAAAACCAAGAAAUAUCCUACUAACAUUGAAGGAGCACAACGCCAACAGUUGCACCACAAUCAAACAAAUCUACAAUGCAAGAAGUGUAUAUCGUUCUUCAAUCAGAGGAGAUGACACUGAAAUGCAACACCUAAUGAGGCUCCUUGAACGUGACCAAUACAUUCAUUGGCAUAGAUUGAGGGAUCAAGAUGUGGUGUGUGAUUUGUUUUGGUGUCACCCAGAUGCAGUUAAGUUAUGUAACACAUGUCAUCUUGUUUUUUUGAUAGACAGUACCUACAAAACAAAUAGGUACAUGCUCCCAUUGCUUGACUUUGUAGGGGUGACACCAACCGGGAUGACUUUCUCUGCUGGGUUUGCAUAUCUGGAGGGUGAGCGCGUGAACAAUCUUGUAUGGGCAUUGGAAUGGUUUCAAGGCCUUUUUUUAAGAAAUGAUCGCCUUCAUGUUGUUAUUGUCAUAGACAGAGACCUAGCCCUGAUGAAUGCUGUGAAAGUUGUGUUUCCGGAGUGUAUGAAUUUGUUGUGCAGGUUUCACAUAGACAAGAAUGUGAAGGCAAAGUGCAAAUCGCUAAUUGGUUAG